CAAACGGUCACACUGCUUGGCGGCUUCGUAUUUGGCACUAAGAUUUCAACAUUAAUUGGGAUAAACACAGUAAAAACAUGCAGCAUGAGCCCGAGGAACAGACUUUUCAACUCCAGGCACUAGAGAUCCGUGAGCCGGAUAGCAAUUUCGAUCCCCUAAAGCCGCCGGAGUCCGGGGAAGAGUACCUGAUGCACAUGUUCUACGAGAGGAAGCGAUGUCCAGCUGUGGUGACCAAAAGAUCACCCAAAAUCAGGAAUAACACGGGAAGUACCACACUUGAGAUGUUGGAUAAUCCCGAGCUGCCACCGUUUAAGAGCCUGCUGCCCACGCCCGAAUGGCAGGACGAACAGGUGAAAUCCUUCCAAGCAGCCCGCUCCCAGGUGCUAGUCCUUCGUAGGGAGCUGGUCAACAACAACUACGACCAGUCCGCAGAACCGCCUUUGACCUCCGAUCAGGAGAAGUGGCAGGAGUUUUGCCAGAAUCAACUGCCCCUUCUGAGCACCCUUCUCCAUUUGACCCAAAACGACUUGGAGCACUUGCUGGAAAUGCUUAGCAAGUGGCUGCAGGAUCCCAACUCCACGGUGGACCUACUCCACGAUGUCUGGCUAGCUCGCUGGCUGUAUGCCACCUUGGUCUGCCUCCACCUUCCACUGGAACCUCACGUGUUCAGCACUCUUCGGUACAUCGCCCGAGCCUGCAUCCAUCUGAGAAAUCAACUAAAGGAAGACGAGGUGCAGCGAGCAGCCCCCUACAACCUACUACUAACACUCACCGUUCAGGUCUUUGCACAGAGUGAUUUUAAGGAUUACAUAUAGGUAUCAUAUUCUUAAUUUAGAAAACCCUAAUAUAAGCACAAAUCUAAUUAUUUGGUUACCUUAAAAAGUGCAGAAGCUAAGCUGGAAAUUGUGUUUAUAUUGUUACU